GAAUAUCGUUAACAGAGGAAAAACUGUUUAAAAAAGAUCACGAUUGUGUAAUCAAUGAGUAAUAAAGUUUGAUGUGGAUACUGGUUAACUCAGAUGACAGAUAUCUAUUAACCACAGCCACAGCAUUACCUACCAAUAAGCUGAGCUUGAGCAGGAAUGAAUUCACAUCACCUGAUUGACGUUGUAGAUGAUAUUUAAUUAUUGGUGUCCAAGGUUUUGUCCUUGCUGGUGAAUAACACGGCAUACUACGAAGUUCGUCAAUCGGGAUUUCGAAAAUCCAAUGAAAUUUCUCAAUUUUUCAUAUCUUCCAACCCAUUGAAAGAUUCAUUAUGAUUGUUCCAUCAUUAUGAUAAAUAAAUUGCUAAAAUUUGCAUAAGGAAAUUGCUGAAGUUGGGAAACAAGUUUCAUUUGAAUGAGGAUAUUAAUGGAGGCGACAACCAAAAGAUAAGGUUUCUCAAGAAGGUGAAAAAUUGUCAAUAAUAAUGUUGAAAGCAAUGGGCAUGAGAGCAAUUUUCUUGUUUGUGUUUGGCUGCAUGGUAGGUUUAGUGAACAGUGCAUAUCCAACAACCGAAUCUAUUGGAAACAAUAUCAUGCCAUGUUCUUUAAGACAGUUUACUUGUGCGAAUAAAGAAUGUAUAGCAAUCUCAUUUUUUUGUGACGGUGAGAAAGACUGUAAAGAUGGUUCAGACGAGGAUCCAGUCGCUUGCUCAAACUCUAAAAAUGCUACCUGUGCCGAAGACGAGUUCAAAUGUGUGAUCAAUGGUACUUGUAUGCCAAUUCACUGGCAAUGUGACGGAGAUAAAGACUGCAGUGAUGGUAGUGAUGAAGACGAACAAAUGUGCCAAAAUAGAAGCUGUGGUCCAGAUCAAUUCACCUGCCGCUCAACUUCUGGUGAAUGUGUUCCUCUAAUUUGGAUGUGUGAUGGUCAUAAAGAUUGUAACGAUGGAAGUGAUGAAUGGACAUGUAAUGAAACUUGUAGAUCAGACGAAUUCACAUGUGCCAAUGGUGAUUGUAUACAAAAAAAAUGGAUGUGUGAUUCUAUGGAUGAUUGUGGAGAUGGUUCUGAUGAAAAAGAUUGUCCCAUAAGAACUUGUGAUCCUAAAACAGAAUUCCAAUGUAAUGAAAGCCACUGCAUACAUUUGAAAUGGAGAUGCGAUGGUGAAAAAGAUUGCAUAGAUGGCAGAGAUGAAAUGAAUUGUACUGGUGGUGAAAUUGAACUACCCAUUUGUGGUCCUGAUGAAUUUCAGUGUAAUGAUAAAAUAACCUGCAUUAAAAAAGCGUGGUUGUGUGAUGGUAAAAAGGACUGUUGGGACGGAGGAGAUGAAUCACCAACAAUUUGUCCAAAUAUUACUUGUCGUGCGGACCAGUUUCAAUGUAGGGAUAAGACUUGCAUCAAUGGUCAUCUCCAUUGCUCGGGUCACCCAGAUUGUGCUGAUGGAAGUGAUGAACUGGAUUGCGGUUUAACAGUCGCUAGGUGCAACCCGAAAACCCACUUUGACUGUGGUGGUGGUAGUUGUAUUCCUCUAUCACAAGUCUGUAACAAUCAACAAGAUUGUCCUAAAUGGGAAGAUGAACCUACUGACAAAUGUGGUACGAACGAAUGUUUGAUUAACAAAGGGGGGUGCUCUCAAAUAUGUGUAGAUAUGCCAAUAGGCUAUCAUUGUGAAUGUAAAUCAGGCUAUAAGCUAGUAGAUAACUCUACUUGUAGAGAUAUAAACGAAUGUGAGAUUCCAGGCAGUUGUUCCCAAAUUUGUAUCAAUGAGAAUGGAGGAUUCAAAUGCGAUUGUGAAAAAGGCUACCUCAGAGAUCCAAGAAAUUUGACAAAAUGUAAAGCUAUUGAAGGUCAUGCUUCUUUAUUAUUUGCAAAACGAAGGGACAUACGUAAAAUAUCACUUGACCACCACGAAAUGACUAGUAUAGUUGAUAACACUAACUCAGCCACAGCUUUGGACUUUGUUUUUCGAACAGGAAUGAUUUUCUGGAGUGAUGUAACAGAUAAAAAAAUAUAUAAAGCUCCAAUUGAUGAAGGUAACGAUCAAUCAACAGUUAUAGAUCAAGAUAUCACAACUUGUGAUGGUUUGGCUGUAGACUGGAUUUACGAUCACUUAUACUGGACUGAUACAGGCAAAAAUAGCAUCGAAUUGGCUAAUUUCGAUGGAAAAAUGAGGAAAGUUCUGAUUCAAGACAACUUGGAUGAGCCAAGGGCCAUUGCUCUGAAUCCUAUAGAAGGCUGGAUGUUCUGGACAGAUUGGGGCGCCAAGCCAAAGAUUGAGCGAGCUGGAAUGGAUGGAUCUCAUCGUCAAACUAUAGUAUCAUACGAUGUCAAAUGGCCUAAUGGUUUAACAUUAGAUUUGAUGAAGAAACGUAUCUAUUGGGUGGAUGCGAAACUAAACAUCAUAUCAUCUUGUGAUUAUAAUGGCAGCAAUAGAAGAAUCAUUUUGAAUACUGCAGAGUAUCUACGACAUCCAUUUUCAAUCACAACAUUCGAAGAUUGGGUUUACUGGACUGACUGGGACAAAGCUGCUGUGUUUAAAGCUAACAAAUUCACAGGUGGGGAAGUGCAGUCGGUAACAUCCUCUUUUGAAGUACAAAAUCCCAUGGUGAUCCAUGUGUAUCACCCUUAUCGUCAACCAGAUGGGGAAAAUUACUGUCAAGCAGUUAAUGGUCACUGUUCACAUUUAUGUCUACCUGCACCUCAAAUCAACAAGCAUUCUCCAAAGAUAUCAUGUGCUUGUCCUGAAGGAUUAAGAAUGUUGCCAGAUAGUUUAACUUGUGUUCAAGAUGAAAUAUCAACUACUACAGAUCAUGAAAAAGUUACUAAUAGAACCAUUCAAACUAAACCUUAUAUUCCUAAGAAUACCAACAAAACUAAAGAACACAAUGAAAUGGCUGAUAAUUCUGGUGUUAUAGCUGGAGUUGCUAUUGCAAUCACUCUGAUAGCUUUGACUAUCCUUGGUAUCAUUUUAUAUUGCAUAUACAGACAUUAUGCAGAUAGGAACAUAACAUCCAUGAAUUUCGAUAAUCCUGUUUAUCGGAAAACAACUGAAGAUCAAUUCUCAUUAGAAAAAGGUAAAUUUCAGCCAACAAGACCAUAUCUUAGUACCGUCGGGGAAGAAGCUCAACAUCCCCUUACCAGUGCCAACACAAACGACCUUCCUUAUUAGUUCAUUUAUCAUGAGAGUCCAAAUUUUUACCAAAAAGUAUUCUAGCAGAGAAUUUCAAAACAAGCAGAUCUUGAAUAUUUCUCUCUUAUAUUAUAUAUAGCUUUUUUUUUGGAUAAAAUUUUCUUCUAUGGUUGUUGCCAAACAAACGUACUAAGUGUGUAUCAAUUUUUAAGGAUAUACUGAAGCAUAUAUUUAAAUAUUCAAUGUUUAAUUGUAUCAGGCUCAAGUUAAGAGUUUCUGCCCAAAGAAUUAUCGUAGUUGUAGUUGUGAAUUUUUCUAAUUUAUAUAAUUUAUUAUAAGUAGUUGAUAUUGAAUUUAUGAUUCUGCAGUAAUAGUUGAAAUGAAUUUGUUUCAUUAUGCUUUCUCUGUGAUAUUUGAAAAUCCGGUGCAUGAAUAGAACUAAAUUCAAUUAGUCACUAAAUUACAUGUAUUUGUGAGUUUUUAAACAAAAGCGUUGUUUUUUCUCCAGAAAUUUGUUUUUUUUUUGUACCCAGUGGUUAUGGAUAAAAGUGUAAAUCAAUAUUUAGGGAAAUUAGAUGGAAUUAUAGGAUAAUUUCUAUAGGCUGCAUUAGAUCAAUGAGUUUCAUGUUCCUAGUUUUCAAUUUAACUUUUCACAAAUAUUUCUCUAAUAAAUAAUUUCAGUGUGAGCUGCUCAAUCAUAUCUAAUGUGGUUAAAAUGUGUUAAUAAGAACUCUAUGGAACUGUGAUUAUUAUUUAAGUUACAUUUAUAAUUCAUCAGAGAUAUUUAUUCAGAACUUGCUACAAUAUAAUUCUUUUUUUGUUUUUCAUUAUCCUUACUGAUACAUUAGUAUUAAUAAGUUCUUGCCUAAUUAAAUGCCUUUGUGUUUUUAGUGUACAUAAUAAGUUAUCCAUAUUUUAUGUAUUUUUUAAAUUGUUUUAUUUGUAAUUUGUGCAAAUACAUGUAAAAAACACA